AUGCCUCAAUUUCACGGCAAACAAGACCCCACGCGCACCUCUGUUCCCGUCCUCUGCGGCGACCGGAGCGAGCUGGACGGCACCGGGCCGAGGCGGAGGGGGGAGGGGCCUGGCGCGGGCAGGAAGAAUGUGGUUCAGCCCAGACGCGCAGCGGCCGUCCAACUGCCGUCCGGCUUGUUUGGACUUCGGCAACUGCAGUCGACUAAAAAUGUUUACUCCCUGCUGUUAACCUGCAUCGCGACGCCGGCAGCAGCAGCAGGAGCCGCCCCAACCCCCGAGGUGCUGGAGGAGGAGGAGGAGGAGGAGGAGGUGGACGACGCCGACGCCGUCGACGACGCCAACGGCGGGCAGUCUGUCCGAUGGUGGAUGGCAAUGGCUCUGAGAGUGGAGACGCCUGUGGUGGAUGGCAAUGGCAGCGGUGGUGGCGACGGUGCUUAUGAUGGCGGUGGCCAAAGAACUAGACGUCGCACUUCCAACUUGGCGAGUGUUCGCCCCCGAGCGCUGUGCUUCGGCGGGCGAAUUAACGAAGGAGGCUGCGCCGGAGCGAGGUCGCGUGAACCUGUGAGUGGAGGAGUGACAGGAGGCAGGCUGUGCUUGCAACGCGGCUGUAAAGGCAGCAGUAUCACUUGA